CCCCUUCCCGGCCAGACUCUGGCCUCCCCCGGCAGCCCCCGCAGCAGCAGCAGGAGGAGGAGGAGGGGGAGGAGAACGGAGCUGAGCGGCCGGCCAGAGGAGUCCGACCACGGAGCCGGGGCCGCUGCUGCCCCCUUACAGCAGCAGCAGCACCUCUCUGCCCCCCUGUCCUUCUUCCCCACCCCCCGGCUCCCCGACAUGACUGCCAUCAUCAAGGAGUUCGUCAGCAGGAACAAAAGGCGAUACCAGGAGGAUGGCUUCGACUUGGACUUAACCUAUAUUUAUCCAAACAUAAUAGCAAUGGGUUUUCCUGCAGAAAGGCUUGAAGGUGUAUACAGAAAUAAUAUAGAUGAUGUAGUGAGGUUUUUGGACUCCAAGCAUAAAAACCAUUACAAGAUCUACAAUCUAUGUGCGGAAAGGCAUUACGAUACCAACAAAUUUAGCUGCAGAGUUGCACAGUACCCUUUUGAGGACCAUAAUCCACCACAACUAGAGCUAAUCAAACCAUUUUGUGAAGAUCUUGACCAAUGGCUAAGUGAAAAUGACAAUGUAGCAGCAAUACACUGUAAAGCUGGCAAAGGGCGUACAGGGGUCAUGAUAUGUGCAUACUUACUACACAGACGUAAAUUUCUAAAAGCACAGGAAGCCCUAGAUUUUUAUGGGGAAGUACGGACCAGAGAUAAAAAGGGUGUGACUAUUCCGAGUCAAAGGCGCUAUGUAUAUUACUACAGCUACUUGUUAAAGAACAAUUUGGAUUACAGACCAGUGGCACUGCUGUUUCACAAGAUGAUGUUUGAAACAAUUCCAAUGUAUAGUGGCGGAACAUGCAAUGCUCAGUUUGUCAUUUACCAGCUGAAGGUUAAGAUAUUCACAUCAUCUACAGGACCCACUAGACGAGAGGAGAAGCACAUGUAUUUUGAUUUUCCCCAACCACUUCCUGUGUGUGGGGAUAUCAAGGUAGAAUUUUUCCACAAACAGAACAAGAUGAUGAAAAAGGAAAAAAUGUUCCAUUUUUGGAUUAAUACGUUCUUCAUACCAGGGCCUGAAGAAUAUUCUGAAAAAGUUGAAAAUGGAACCUUAGUUGGCGAGAAUGAACUUGAUGGGAUAUACAGCACAGAACAUUCAGACAACGACAAGGAAUAUCUCACUCUUACUUUAACAAAAAAUGACCUAGACAAAGCUAACAAAGAUAAGGCCAACAAAAACUUCUCUCCAAACUUCAAGGUGAAGCUUUUUUUCACAAAAACCGUAGAGGAAUCCUCAAAUUCAGAGGCCAGCAGUUCAACUUCUGUAACACCGGAUGUUAGUGACAAUGAACCUGAUCAUUAUCGAUAUUCUGACACCACUGACUCUGAUCCAGAGAAUGAACCUUUUGAUGAAGAUCAGAUUACACAGAUUACAAAAGUCUAAAUAUGUUUCGUGUUUUUUCAUUUCCCCCCCUCCCCCAUUUUUUUUAAUUUUCUUUUUUUAAGCGAGGGAAAUAAAACCACAGAGAAAGACACACUUGAAUAAACUGAUAAAAGGACAUUUUUUAAAAUGGCAAAUUACAUUGUGUCAGGCUACCAGAUAUAGGAGCAUUUUUUUUUCCUUGACCAAUAUUAUUUUGCCCACCAGGGUGUUGU